AAAAAAAAAAAAAUGAACAUCUUCCAGUCAAAGUUCACAACCGGGUGGGUGGAGGGGGUCCGGAGGAGGGACGGCCAGACUGGGGAGACUGGGGACCAGGAGGGGACCUGCACUGGAGGGACUGGGGACCAGGAGGGGAACUGCACUGGAGGGACUGGGGACCCGGACGGGGAACUGCACUCCAGGGGCUGGGGACCCGGACGGGGAACUGCACUCCAGGGGCUGGGGACCCGGACGGGGAACUGCACUCCAGGGGCUGGGGACCCGGACGGGGAACAUGUCUCCAGGGGCUGGAGAUCGGACGGGGAACAGGUCUCCAGGGGCUGGAGAUCGGACGGGGAACAGGUCUCCAGGGGCUGGAGAUGGGGCCCCGGGCAACCGGAGUCCAUAGACUGGGGCUCAGGGGGAUAGACUGAUGACCCAGCGGGGUAAAGGACUGGAGAUCGCUGCUGUUCGGAGACGGCAGCGGCCGGGGGUCAUUGCAGUGCGGAGGCGGCCGAGACUGGAGGGCGCUGCGGUCCGGAGACGGCGGCGGCCGGGACGGGAGGUCGCUGCGGUCCGGAGACGGCGGCGGGCGGCCGGGACGGGAGGUCGCUGCGGUCCGGAGACGGCGGCGGGCGGCCGGGACGGGAGGUCGCUGCGGUCUGGAGGUCGCUGCGGUUCGGAGACGGCAGCGGCCGGGACUGGAGGUCGCUGCGGUUCGGAGACGGCGGCGG